AUGCAAUCGACAAGAAAGACUAACCAGCUGGCUAUUCCUGACCUCCCAAAAGGGGUAACUGUGAAGGACAUACUAGAGGCGUUUCCGAAGUAUGGAAAAGAAAUAACAGGCAUUAAGCUUAGUAAGCAAAGAAGGCCCAAGAAUGAGGAUCUCAAGGUAGGGUAUGUUGAGUUUGAGACCAUUGAAGAUACUGAAAAAGCAUAUGGACAAGGGCAAGUUCUGGUAGCUGGAGAAUCCAGGGAUUUGCAUUUUGCAAAGAGGAGAGACCAAAGGAUGAAGGAAAGGGUCAUUGUCUCAAGCAAGAAGGUGUAUAUUUCUGGAGUUUCUGAGGAUACUAACAAGGACGAACUUUCUUCUCUUUUGGGGAACUGCAAGAUAUCUGGAGGGGAUAAAGGAAAGAAUUAUCUCUUCGCAGAAUACGAUAACAGUGAAGAACAGGAGAAGGCAUUGAACAGGAUCAACACCAUGAAGAUCAAUGGGUCGAAGUUAUUUGCAAUGCCUGCCUAUGAAAAGGCAAACAUUGGAAGGGUCGGUAGAAAGAGAAGUGAUUCCAAUUAA